CACUCCUCGGUGUUGUACGUGUGCCGUGUUUCCAUUGGUUAUCGGUAAGCGGAAGUUUAACAACAGACACGCCGGAUAGACGUAACUCACCGAAAUGAAAGUGAAAGUCAGCCGCCCAGAGGCUGUGCUGUGUUUGUGCUCGAUCCUGUCGACAUGAGCGCCUUACAGUUUAACAGCGUUUUGUUGGAGAUCUCUAACGCCAUGUCUGCUGAUCAGCUGAAUGAAAUGAAGUUCCUGGUUCUACAAGAGAUCGGGAAAAGAAAUCUGGAAAAGAUCGGCAGCGGCCGGGAACUCUUUCAGCUUUUCAGGGAAAGAGGCAAACUGUCAGAAGAUAACACGGCCUUUCUUUCAAAGCUUCUCAGAGAAAUUAAGCGACAAGAUCUCUCGGACAAGAUAGACAACUUCAGUAUUCAGCCUGAAGCUGACGAUGGCCUGAGUGAGGAGGAGAAAGCAAAACUGAAAAUUGCCACAGAGGUAAUUGCCGAAAAUCUUGGAAAGAGUUGGCGAAAACUAGGCCGCAAAUUAGGUUUGAGUGAAACCAAGCUGGAGUCCAUCUCUAACAGGCGUCCAACAGAUCUCGAGGAGACGGCAGUGGAGCUGCUCAAGGAGUGGAGGAAGAGUCAAGGAGCUGAAGCCCAAACAAAGAUGCUGAUAGAUGCUUUGAGAGCUUGCCAGUUGAAUAUGACUGCUGAUAAAGUAGAGGAAAGACUCUAGCAACCUAGAAUACACUCUUAAAUUGAAAAUUGUUGCUCAAGGAAAUGGCAAACAAAAAGGUUAAAAGUCAUGAAAGUAAUUUGUCUAUGUCCUGUUAUCGUUAUUAUUAGUUUGCUGUUUGGGUCUCCUGCUUUGUGAAAGCAAUGUUGCUCUCAGUCUUUCAAGGUGACUAAAUUGCUCGUGAUAUUUGUUAAUAUGGCUCAUAUAUAAAAGUGUUCAACUGUAUUGAGGUACAGGAUCUUCUCAUCAAGCGUUCCAAAAUUAUGAAAGAUAUUUUUUAUGUCACACUAUUCAUCCAAGAUUUUGCUCUUGAUUCACAAUUUAGACGAAAAGGGAAAUAAUUAGGAAAAGAAGCUGAUUUUGGAAAGUAAAAUGAGAUUUGUGUUGUUGUUCUUUUUAUUCUUUGUCAACACACAGCUUUGUAUUUCAAUGCUUUUGCUCGUCUAACCCAAAAUAUACCCCGAAUCCAA